GACAAAGCAGUGACAGUGAAGACCUUCCUGCCCUGGACAGUUCAAGUAAAUGUACUCCUGUAAAACACAUCAACGCGGCCAAACUGCAGAAGGUUUCUCGAUUGCCCGCGAGAGUGGUUUCGCCUCACAUGAAAGAUGGAGAAAAGGAUAAGCACAGGGACAAACACCACCACCAGAAUGCUUCGCCUCGAGUAUAUAAAUGGAGUUUUCAGCUCAAUGAACUGGACAAUAUGAGCAGCACUGAAAGGAUCUCCUUCUUGCAAGAAAAACUACAGGAAAUACGAAAAUACUACAUGUCCUUGAAGUCAGAAGUAGCAACCAUAGACAGGAGAAGAAAGAGGUUAAAAAAGAAAGACAGAGAAGUGUCGCAUACCGGAGCAUCCAUGUCGUCUGCUUCAUCGGACACCGGAAUGAGCCCGUCGUCAUCUUCUCCUCCACAAAACGUGCUUGCUGUGGAGUGCAGGUGAUACACGUUCCUCUGCCCUGCCAGCAGCUCGCUGCCGUGGACUUCAGUCCUGAAAUUCAACCACAGAAAGCACUCAACUGGUUUGGCAUCGCCAAGUACGUUCUGUACACACUUCCGUUGCUGGACUGUACCCGUUCUCCCCUCCUACCCUCUUCUUUUGUUUCAUUUACUGCGCAGAGGAGUCGAGCUCGUUGGUAAGGGAGGGUUUGUAGGCACAAUGUGACAUGCUUGUCAUCGUGUUUGGUUCUGGUUGGGCUUUCUUUUUGUUUUCAUU